GCAAAAAUUGACUCACCUGCUUAAGUUGACGUACCACUCGGCCUUUAGACUCAAAACACAUUUCGACCUUCAGUUGCUCAAAUUCAAAAUUCAAAAGUUACUGGAAGAAAAUGAACCAGUGUCGGCUGAGGGGCCUUGUGCAGAUGAGGAGGGAACUGGCCCUCGGUCUUCUGGGCUCUAAGCACCACGUCUUGGCCCAGUUUGCCCUGCGAGGUAUUCAGACAACCUCUCCGUUGGGGGGUACCCAGGAUAUGGACUCCUUCGCCAGUGGCUGCAGUGCCGCCUACAUCGAGGGUCUGUACAACAAGUGGAAGAACAACCCCAAGUCCGUGGAUCAGUCCUGGGAUGACCUCUUCAACGGGAACGAGCGGCCAGUCUCGAAGGGAAUUCCGAUUCAGAGUUCCCACUCCCGGAAGUACAGACGUCCCCCGGUGGAAAGGACAGCUGUCAAGGCCCGAUCGGGUGAGAGAACCGCAUCUGGCGGAGCAUCUCCCGCUCCUGCCCCGCCUCCCAGCGACUGGAAGAACAUCGAUGAUCACCACGCGAUCCAGGCGAUCAUUCGGGCCUAUCAAUCGCGUGGUCAUCUGGCCGCUGACCUGGAUCCCUUGGGAAUUGUCGGGCCGCAGAAAGGGGCCUCCGUAGAUGGCACCGAACGACAAGCCACCAAGGAGGUGCUUAGGCAGCACUAUUCCUACAUAUUUGGUGAUCUCAAUGCCACGUUCAAGUUGCCUUCAUCCACAAUGAUUGGAGGCGACGAGGAGUUUUUGCCACUCAGGGAAAUCCUGGACCGCUUGGAGCGCAUUUACUGCGGCCACAUAGGAGUGGAGUACAUGCAGAUAACCUCGCUGACCAAGACCACUUGGAUCCGCGACCGAUUCGAGAAGCCGGGAGGCUUGGACCUGUCCAAGGACGAGAAGAAACUAAUCCUGGAGCGUCUGACCCGCUCGACGGGCUUCGAGAACUUCCUGGCCAAGAAAUUUUCAUCGGAGAAACGGUUUGGCUUGGAGGGCUGCGACAUCAUGAUACCCACAAUGAAGGAGGUGGUGGAUCGCUCGACCAACACGGGCGUGGAGUCCAUAUUUAUAGGAAUGGCGCAUCGUGGACGACUGAAUGUUCUGGCCAAUGUCUGUAGGAAACCCAUUUCCGACAUCCUGUCGCAGUUCCACGGCCUGCAGGCCACAGACUCUGGUUCCGGAGAUGUGAAAUACCAUUUGGGCGUUUUCCAGGAGCGCCUCAACCGGCAGACCAACCGGAUGGUGCGCAUCACCGUGGUGGCCAAUCCAUCCCACUUGGAGCACGUUAACCCUGUGCUGCUGGGAAAGGCACGAGCGGAGAUGUUCCAACGCGGCGACGUCUGCGGCAAGCGGGUGCUGCCCAUCAUCAUCCACGGCGACGCCUCCUUCUGCGGACAGGGCGUUGUCUUCGAGUCGAUGCACCUCUCGGACCUGCCCAACUACACCACCUACGGCACCAUUCACAUUGUGAGCAACAACCAGGUGGGCUUCACCACCGAUCCCCGGUUCUCCCGAUCCUCGCGCUACUGCACGGAUGUGGCCAAAGUGGUGGCUGCCCCGAUCCUCCACGUGAAUGCCGACGAUCCGGAGGCAUGCAUCCAGUGCGCCCGCAUCGCAGCCGACUAUCGGGCCACAUUUAAGAAGGAUGUGGUCAUCGAUUUGGUGGGCUAUCGCCGCAACGGUCACAACGAGGCGGAUGAGCCCAUGUUCACCCAACCGCUGAUGUACCAGCGCAUCCGAAAACUGAAGCCCUGUCUGCAGCUCUACGCCGAAAAGCUGAUCAAGGAGGGCGUGGUCACGGACAGCGAGUUCAAGGCCAUGGUGGCCAACUACGACAAGAUCUGCGAGGAAGCGUGGAAGGAGUCCAAGGAAGUCAAGUCCAUAAAGUACUCCUCCUGGAUCGACUCGCCCUGGCCGGGAUUCUUUGAGGGACGCGAUCGGUUGGAGUUGUGUCCCACCGGCAUCAGCACCGACACCCUGAAGACCAUCGGGGAGAUCUUCUCCAGUCCUCCGCCACCAGAGCACAAAUUUGAGAUGCACAAGGGCAUCCACCGCAUCCUGGCGCUGCGCAAGCAGAUGGUGCAGGACAAGGUGGCUGACUGGUCGCUCGGCGAGGCCUUCGCCUUUGGCUCCCUGCUGAAGGAGGGCAUCCACGUUCGGUUGUCCGGCCAGGAUGUGGAGCGCGGCACCUUCUCGCACAGGCACCAUGUGCUCCAUCACCAAACGGCCGACAAGGUGGUGUACAUCGCCCUGGACCACCUGUAUCCCGACCAGGCGCCCUACUCAGUGUCCAACAGCUCGCUGUCGGAGUGCGCGGUGCUGGGCUUCGAGCACGGCUACUCCAUGGCCAGUCCCCAUGCGCUGGUCAUUUGGGAGGGCCAGUUCGGCGACUUCUGCAACACGGCGCAGUGCAUCAUUGACACCUUCAUCGCCAGCGGCGAGGCCAAGUGGGUGCGCCAGUCGGGAGUGGUGCUCCUGCUGCCGCACAGCAUGGAGGGCAUGGGUCCAGAGCACUCCUCCGGUCGCAUGGAGCGCUUCCUCCAGAUGAGCGACGAUGAUCCAGACGUCUAUCCGGACACCUGCGAUGCCGACUUCGUUGCCCGCCAGCUGAUGAACGUUAACUGGAUUGUCACGAACUUCUCCACGCCCGCGAAUCUCUUCCACGGACUCCGCCGCCAGGUGAAAAUGGGCUUCCGCAAGCCGCUGAUCAACUUCUCGCCCAAGUCGCUGCUGCGCCAUCCGCUGGCCAGGAGUCCCUUCAAGGACUUCAACGAGUGCAGCUGCUUCCAGAGGAUCAUUCCCGAUAAGGGACCCGCCGGCAAGCAGCCCGAGUGCGUUAAGAAGUUGGUCUUUUGCUCGGGUAAGGUGUACUACGAUCUCGUCAAGGAGCGCGAUGAUCACGAGCAGGUGGAAACGGUGGCUCUUGUGAGGGUGGAACAGCUGUGUCCCUUCCCGUACGAUCUGAUCACCGAGCAGCUGAAGCUGUAUCCCAAGGCUGAGCUGCUGUGGGCCCAGGAGGAGCACAAGAACAUGGGUGGCUGGUUCUACGUGCAACCAAGAUUCGACACCGCGCUGCUCAAGAACGAAAACGAAACCCGCUGUGUAUCCUACCAUGGGCGACCGCCCAGCUCCUCGCCAGCCACGGGCAACAAGGUGCAGCACUACAGCGAGUACGCGGCCAUCAUAAAGAGCAUCUUUGGGGAGUUGACACCGGAGAACAAAAAGCGGCUAGAGGCGAAGGUUAAGGAGCAGCAGGAAAAGGCCAAGGCGGAGAGCCAGUCAUCUCCACCAAAGGAUGGUGCUGCGCCGCCAGCCACAGGUGCAUCUGCAGGCAAAAAGAAGCAGCACCAGUCGACAUCUUCAGGAAUGGGUGGAGCUGCGCCUUCAGCAAAGAAUGCACCUUCAAGCAAAAAGAGGCAGCAGGGUAAUGACGAGGCAUCUCCAUCAAUAGAUGGUGCUUCGCCGACAGCUAGAAGUGCAUCUUCAAGCAAAAAGAGGCAGCAAGAUAAGACCGAACCGUACAGCACGUCGUCAUCUCCAUCAAUGGUUGGUGCUUCGCCGCCAGCAAAGAGUGAAUCUUUAAGGAAACAGAGGUCUGAUUCGGCUCCAUCUCCUGAAGCGUCAGCCGCUCAAAAAGCACCGAUGAGUGUUAAACCUAGCUUGAACCCACGCAAACCUAGGCCGGGAUCGGCUCCAGCUCCGCCUUCUUCCAAAGCUUCACCCGCUCGAGGUCCAUCAAAUACGGCUCCCUCUAAACCUCGUUUCGUUAAAAUGGAACCUGAGCAAACACCAUCCAGUGGCAGUAAGGCCCAGAAGAGUCCCGCGGAGAAGGACCCCAAGCCAACAAAACCAACGCCUUAGCUCAGGUUGUUAAAGUCAGAAUCCUAUAUCAAAAUCUCCGUUAACAGUAUGCCUAUAAAGUCCAUCCAGUAAUAAAAAGCCAUAGUUACAGAAAGAA